AUGCGCGACGCCCUCGCAGCCGCGGAGCUGGUGUUGCGCGGAGCUGGCGGAACAUCGGCGGAAGGGCAGCGAGGAGAAUGCGCGGGGGCGGGAGAAGCAGGCCGAUUAGACGCGAAGAAUCGUGCAUCUGCGCCGGGUUCGGGUUUGGACCGCUGCUGUUCGUCCACGUGUACGGCUCUAGAUGCUGUCGUGGCAGCCGUUAGAUGUUUAGAGAGCCACAGUAUCACCAAUGCUGCCCGGGGAUCCAAUCUGACCGAAAAAGGCGAGGUGGAGUGCGAUGCAAGCAUUUCGGGCAGCAUGUUGGGCAGCCGAGCAAAGCUUUUCGGCUCGGUAGCAGCAGCACCAGGUUUAGUAAGCCCAGUGUCAGUGGCAGCAGCACUGGCAAGGCAGAGACACAAGGGUCCGCUUCCCUUCGGCCGCAUCCCUCCCAUGAUGUUGGCGGGGGAAGGAGCGCUGCUGUGGGCUCAGACUCAUGCGCCAUACGCCGUUGCAAGGCACCCACAGGAUCUGGUGACGCCAGCAGCAGAAGGCCAGUGGCGCAAGUACCGGAGAAUCGUGGGGGCUCUGGAGCAGCUUCAGGGGAGAAAGGAGUGCGUGCGUGCGUUCAGGGCAAUAGAGAAAGAAGAGGAUCUGGACGAAGUGCGGACGGAGAAGGGUAGCAUGGGCACGUGGGGGGAAGAUGCCAAGAGGGAGCGCAGAGAUUAUGGGGGAUGGGGAAAAUCAACGAGGGAGGGUGAUGAGGAGGAUGUAGAAGGUAUUGAGGGCAUGGGAGGUGAGGUGGAUUGGACGGGAGGGAGAGAGGAAGAGGGAAAGACAAGGGUUGUGGGAAAGGGAGAGGAGGAAGGAGAAGAGGAGGGAGAGGAGGGAGAGAAAGAGGGAGAGGGAGAGGACGAAGAGGAGGAGGAGCAGGAGGGCCCGUGGGACACAGUGGGGGCGGUGUGUUUUGAGGUGGCAAGCGGAGCAGCAGCAGCCGCGUCUAGUGGGGGAAUAGCUUUCAAGGUGAGCGCCGUUGCUGGAUGUGAGCUUGGGCUCCUCUCCCUUUCAAACCCAUUCCUCCGACCAUCCGUUUCCCCUUCGUUCUUGCACCCCCCUCUUUCUCUUUCCAUGCCACCACCUCUUUCCUUCCCACCUUACACAGGCGCCUGGCAGGGUGGGGUGUGCAGCAAUGCACGGGGCAGCCUGCUGGGCUGA